GGGAGGCGCACGCCCGGCGGGGCCGCAGCUCGGUCCCGGGGCUCGGUGCCGGUGGGGCUGCGGGAGUACCGGGGGUGCACGCAGCUCCCCCGGCACGGAGCGGCUCUGCCAUCCCGGUGCCCCCCGGUUCCCGGUGCCCCCCCGGUUCCCGGUGCCCCCCGGUUCCCGGUGCCCCCCGGUUCCCGGUGCCGGUGCCACCAUGCCCUCCUCCUACCCGCAGCGGGCCCUGACGGUGCUCCUGCUCUUCGGCACGCUGUCCGCUGCCAUGGCCCUGCUGGCCUCCAGCCUCAUCUUCCAGCUGCCGGCGGGGCGGCCGGGUCCCGGUCCCGGUCCCGGUCCCGGUCCCGGUCCCGGUCGAGGGGCGCUGCCGGAGCCGGCGGCCGCCGCGCUGCUGCCGGUCUCGGCCGUGCUGGCCGCGCUCUGCCUGGUGCUCAACGUGAGCUGCCUCCUGCUCUGCCUCCUCCACGGCUACUUCAGCACCGAGCUGUGCCGGGGGCAGCCCGGGCCCGACCGGGCAGACUGGUUCCUUCUGGACAGCCGGACAGUUCGCCACGCCGCCAUCGGCUUGUUCUGCUGUGGGGUCUCGGUCUACCUAACAGCUCUUGCCAUCUACAUGCUGCUGCUGUUCGAACUCGAGGCCGGUAUUGCCAGCGCCUGCAUCCUCUCCUCCGGCAUCAUCGUCCUGCUGGUCACAGUGACGCACGCCCUGGUGCGCGCUUCCCAGCUCUCCCGCCGCAGCCGCUCCGAGGUCUCUCACACCCUGUACGAGAACGACUCUGCCCAGCACAGCGAAGCCCCCGCCGGCGACCUCAACAACAAGAACGUGGCUGCGCCCCGGCCCGAAAUCCACCGAGAGUUUUCCUUCCCCCCUUUCCUGGAGCGCAAACCCCAGCUGGGAUCCCCGGCCAGCAGCAACCUCACCUCGUCGGGCAGCCCCGGGGCUCGCUCCGAGCAGGAGAGCUACAACCUGCCCCGCACGCACAGGACGCUGUCGGCAGAGUCGGCCCUGCUGCAGGCACAGGGCAAGCCCUGGAACGGCGUCACCCGCGAGAUGAGGAAUGUGCUGGCACGCAAACCUGGAGCCUCGGGCAAGGACUCGACGCUGGUGUGAGUGGAAGAGGGGCCUCUUCGUCUCAUCACGCGGCGGCUGCAGGCGCCAGGGCCAGGAUUUGCAUCUCUGUUUAGAGCUUAACGUAGGUCCCGUCUCAACCCCUGCGGCAAGGAGCCUCGUCAGACCAGGGGGUGGCUGAUUUUCUACCCUCUGCCCUCCUGCAGACACCAGAAGACAGCUCCCAGUCCCUCGAAGACUUGAGGAGCGAGGGGACCUAGUCCAGGAGCAGACCUACCCUCCUUCCCCAGCAGAUCCCAGCUUUCUUUGGCUGCCUGUACCUCUCUCCCUUUCCCCUCCCACUUUCCUCCUCCCUCCUCUAUCCCCAGAAGCCGGCACUACACCAAGAGCUCACACAGCCAACCCGAGGGCUUCCCUGCAGCCAGGUGUAAGAAACCAGGCGAGGCGAUGGAGGAGCAACAAGUGAGAUGGAGCCAGAGGAGUCUGCGGGUUGCAGAGAGUGGGUUUGAGGUAGCAGAGAGGCCUCCUGCUCGGGCACCAGCACCUCGACCCUCUGAGCAGGACACAGCCCGCUGCCCAGGGCCCUGGCUCUGCUCAGCGGUGGGGAACCUCACGGGGGAUUCCCUGGAUGCCACCUUGAGAGCAGUGACAAGUGUCAGGGCCAAGACCUGAGGUCCAGGAAUGGGUUUGCAUCGACAAUGCAGCCCCGCACAGGACCAGAGCAGCAGCACGCUGGGUUCUUCCCCAAGUCCUCAUCAUCCAGCAGUCAGUAGAGUAUUUCAGGGAGUGAAAGGAAGCCACUGAUCCAAACAGAUCCUCUCACCUUCCGUGUUACUGUCCUGAAAGACACCUGGUGCCCCGAGCACCAUACAGAGCAUUUCUUUGGAAACUGAGUCUGGCACUGCUUUGAUCCCUGCGUCUUUGGGAAAUUCUUCAGCAGAACAGAACUGCUGGUUCCAAGAGAGAUUAACAGUGCUCGACAAGGGAUGAAGAAAGUCCAAUUUUGUCUGAAGAGCAGGACAGU